GAAACAAACACAUUUGUUUGGAGGAGUUUCUCUGGAACGUGCCGGGGCAAGUACGGUUUCCAUAACGAACCCAAAAACCUUAAAUGUACUGUUAAAGCAUCGAAACUUCUAGUAUUCACACGUAGUUAGAUUGCUAUGUCAUAGUCGUCCACGCUUGUUGUGUGAAAAGUCGCCAAAAUGUUAGUUAUUAAACGCGUAGUGCCCUUUGGAGGCACCAUUGUCUCUCAAUGGACCUCCCUCUCUGUGACCAAUUUCUCGGUUUGUCAUUGCCUAACAUCCCCAAAGAGACGCAGUCCGUACAGCUCAGUGGACAGUGAGCGCUACUCUUCUCUUGUAAAGUCCACCAUGAGAUCGAGGACCAGUUCCCAGACCGUGGAGAGCAUAGAAGCGGAGGAUGAGCACAUUUAUGGACCUGUUGUCAAAGCUUCAAAGCCCUCUUCCAGACCAAAGGUGAGGGUAGCUAAAACCCUCCAUCCCUUCCUACACUGCGAAGAGACUGUGGAAACAGAGGAGCCAGAGUCAGGACCUCCAACCCGGAUUGCGUUAAACCGGGGCAAGGGCAGGUCUUCUGUACCGAGUGUGACCCGCAUUUUACAGCAGACCAUGUCCCCGGAUCAGAUCUUCUUACUGGAGAGAUGGAAGAGGAAGAUGAUCGCAGAGCUUGGAGAGGAAGGCUUCAAAGAGUACACUAAGAAUCUAUUCAGACAAGGGAAGCUCUUCCAUUCAGCGCUGGAGGACACUCUGACAGAAGCAGCGUGGAAGAACAAAGAGACACCAGAGUAUCCACCCGACGUCCAGGGAUACCUGAAGAGCAUCUCCCACGUACUGGAGGACGUCAGUGCAGUGAGAGCCAUUGAAAGCACCGUGCAACAUGAAACUCUGAACUACCUGGGAGUGGCGGAUUGUGUCGCUCGCUACAGGGGUGUAUUGUGUGUUAUUGACUGGAAGACCUCAGAGAAGCCCAAACCCUUUCUGAGAAACACAUAUGACAACCCUAUUCAGGUGGCGGCCUACGCUGGGGCUUUGAACUCCGAUGGCAACUACAAAUACCAGGUUGAAAAUGGACUCAUUGUAGUGGCCUACAAGGACGGAUCACCUGGCCAUGCUCAUGAGUUGAGCUCAGAGCUGAUGUUGGAGUACUGGAAAACUUGGUUGGUUCGUCUGGAAGAGUUCACUGAACAAAGAUCCAGUCUUGCAUCAAAUGAGAAAAUAUGAUACGUGAUCAGCAAUGUCCAUGAAACAGGUUAUUUGAUCUUCAAGCAACUGAACCUGAACUGCAGUCUCCCUUGCAGCAGCAGGAACUCUUUCUUUACCCUCAUUUUUGACUAAUACUUUCAGUUCAUCUCACCAAUGUUUUGUGCUACAGAUGCACAUUAAUAAGCUCAUAAGUUCAUUAGAAUAUAUUACACAUACAUAUUACCCUUCUUUGAGGUAUUUAAAGAUCAUUGAAUUGAAACCAGGCUUCCCUGUGCGAGGGAUCCUCAGUGAAGCCCAGGUUUUUAAAGAGAUUGUAGGAGACCUCAUUCUCCUCCUCUAUGAAGCAGUACACUGGGUAGCCCUGAGCGUGGAGUCUCUUGGCCAUGGUGCUGACCAGGACUUUGGCGUAGCCUUUCCCCCUGUGCUCUGGCAGAGUGUGCAGCAUCCCCAUGGCACACGUCGGAUAGGUCAGGAUCCAGGCCACUGGUUUUGCUUCUGCAUCCAGCACGCAGCAGGAGGGGAAGUUUGCGAGCAUGUUCCGGAUCAUCCUGACAGCAUCCCCCGUCUUUGCAAACUUCCACGCCUGAUUCACCAAGCCAACGUGCGAUUCGUCCAUAGAGCUGAGUGAGAUCCCGGAGCUGAUGCAGAACAGAGCAGAAUUCGGCUUUAUAAAUGAGCUAUUAAGACUUAAUGAUCAUUAAGAAAUAAUGAUUUUAGACACUUAAGAUGUCAGUGCAUGGGUAGGCUCUCUACCUGUCUAUAGAGGGAAGGUCGGAUACAUCCUUCAGUAUCAUCAUGUGACACACUGCCAGUUUGCAGCUGGGAACAUUUUUUUCUGAGGCCACCGCUUUGAAUGUAUCAACGUGGCGAAGAUUGAUUCCUUGGACAGAAGUAAUGCAAUUAUUUUUUUAAUGGAAUAUCUAUUAACAAAAAUCAACGUGUAUUUCUUUUGAGUUCUGAAGAAAAUGUAUUGUUUAUACAAGAUUAAAGAUUCUAGUUAUUCAGUC